AUGGAAACACUCAUCAAUGUGUUACAGCUUUCUCUCCAUGGCCUCAAGAACUGCUGGGAUGACAUUCGACACAGUCCAAUCACAGCACUGGUGCAAUCAACGGAGCACGAGAAUCUCAUCUCAAGGGUGUUCUUCUGCAAGCUUGCCGGUUUUGAUGUAACGGAGCUAGACUCUAGGGAAAGUUUGACGAAUCACUGGGUACUCGUUGCCUGGUCCUUUACCCUUGACGAUUGUUUUAACCCGAUAACGUACAAAACGUGGCACAAAUUAUCGACAUUCUCGGAUUGCGAUAUGAAAUUCAUGGACACCAAUCCCAUACAACUGCCGCUUCGCCAGAAGCCAGAUACACAACUUCCCCAAGCAGAUCAGAAAUCGACGGCAAACCCACCUACUCACACUCAGCCGUUGAUCAAAGGAUUGACCGACGCGCGGGAUCGGCAUGUGACGAACAAAACGCUAUUUGAACCUAAGUCUCGAUUUUCAAUUGAUCGAACGACUCUAAGGGUCUCCAAAGCUCAAGGAAGAUGUAUAAAAUACCGACUGAGGGCACCAGCCUAUCCACGACCUUUUCCAACAAAUCACCUUCAAGCGUACUCAUCCGAAACCAAUACACAUACCACCCAGAGUCAGAAAACGGCGGGUGAGUCGUCGAAGAGUAACACUGCCACAUCGGCCAGCUCCCUACCAGACUCACAAGCCGGUCAAGACAACGGGGUGAUGAAUUACUGCGAGGCUUCACCUCCGAGUGAAAGCUCCGGCACCCGAAAUCAGGUUGAGGAAUUGAAUGGUGAUUGGAGCAGCCGGCUAGUGAAAGGUCGGGGCAUCUGGGCGGACCCGGAAGCCAGAAGGCUGUCUUUCAAGCUCCUCAACCCGUCCUCAGAAUACGAGGCCAAUGCCGACGCUGUUUCUUCAGAUUGCCGGGAUCUUUUCGAAUCACUCUCUUGGAACACAGAGACGCCCCAUAAACACCCUCAAGAUAUUCCCGAGAAUUACUGGAAAUGGAACGAGGACGAGCAAGCGUGGUUUCAUCUCAAUGAAGACACGCAGUCGUUAACUCGGUGCCCUAUGGACUCGUGA